UUACUUGAUCACAAGAAGAAAUCUGGCAACAUAAUCUCGUCCAUUUCCUAGCUAGUCAAGUCUGUUUAGGCACAAUUUGAUAAAAGUGUCUAAUAGAAUCUAGCAGAAUAAAACUAACACAAUCAUGGGAAAGAAGGGCGCAAACAAACAAAAGGCGGCAGCAGAGGCUCCUAAAGCUAAAAAGGCAGUACCAGUUAAGGCUGUUGAAUCAGAUGAAGAGGAUUCUUCAGAAGAGGAGGAAGAAGUUGUAAAGCCACAAAAGAAAGCAGUUGCUGUUAAACCUGCUAAACAAGAAGAGAGCAGUGAAGACAGUGAUGACAGUGAAGAAGAAAUGGAAGCUCCUAAGAAGCAGACUGUGGCAAAGUCAAUUAAAAAAACAGUAGUAAAAGAUGGUUUUGAUAGUAGUGAUGAGUCUUCAGAGGAAGAAAUGCCACCAACCAAGAAAGCCAACAUCGUUAAAGUGGCGAAAACACAAAAUGCCCCAAAGAAGCAGACUAAGGCACAACCCACAAAAAAAGUAGAAAAAAUGGAUGUUGAUGAUGAUGAAGAUAGUAGUGACGAAUCUUCGGAAGAAGAGAAGCCACCUGCUAAGAAGACGAAUGUUGUUAAAAAGGCAGAAAAUAAUGUUCAACAGACUAAAGUAUCUCCCAAAAAAGCCAAUGCUGGCAAAGCUGCCAAUGGAGCUAAGGGCAAAGCAGCACCUGCAAAAGUUGUAGAAAAAGACAGUGAUGAUGAUGAGGAUGAUGACGAUGAUGAUGAAGAGGAGGAGGAGGAGACAAAACCAGCACCCAAAGCUAAGGUUACACAAGAGGAGGAAGAAGAUGAUGAUGAUGAUGAUUCAGAUGAUGAGGAGGAGGAGGAAGUAAAAGCUAAGCCACAAGGUAAAUCUGCAAAUGGUAAACAAGUGAAAGCUGAUUCUGAUGAUGAUGAUGAAGAUGACGACGAUGAGGAGGAGGAGGAAGAAGAAGAAGAGACAGUGAAGAAAGCAGAUUCUAACAAGAGAAAAAAAGAGAAAUCAGAAAAGAAAGACAAAAAAGCCAAAAAACAAAAAUUAGAUGAAUCUGUAAGUGGCGAAAGUGUAACAUUAUAUGUAGGAAACUUAGAUAAAAAUACCACAGAAGACGAAAUCUCAAAUUUUUUCAGUGAAAAAGACAUCACAGUUAGUGAAGUUCGCAAAAUACCCAACAGGAGCAAUGGUUUUGUGGAUGUUUCAAGUUCAGAUGCUGAAAAAGCUUUGGCCUUAAGUGGAAGCUCAUUUGGUAAAUUUAAAAUUACUGUUGAGAAAGCAAAGGCUAAAGGUCAAAAGGAGGCCAACAAAUCCUUCAAUUCUCCAGGCGGGGGAGGAGAUGCUAGCGACAAAGACAGUAGAACUUUGUUUGUGAAAAAUUUACCAGAAGAUGCGACCACAGAAAGUCUUGAAGAAAUCUUUGACACAGCCUCACAAGUUAGAAUUCCACAGAAAGAUGGUGCCCACAAAGGCUUUGCUUUCAUUGAAUUUCCUGAUGUUGACUCAUUGGAAGCUGCCAUGUCUGAGAAGCAAGGAGUUGAACUCAAUGGCAACUCAUUGUAUCUAGACUAUACUGGGUCCAAAAGUAACUUUAACAAACAGAGAGGUGGAGGUCAACAAAGAGGAGGCAGAGGGAAUGAUAGGAGAGGAGGUCGUGGUGGAUUUGGAGGAGGAGACAGAAAGAGUAAUUCAGGUUUAAGGGGUGAAUCAAAAGUAUUGUUUGUCAAGAACCUCAGCUACAACACAGAUGAAUCAUCCUUGACAUCUGCUUUUGAUGGUGCUGUGUCUGCUAGAAUACCAACUUUCCCAGACUCUGGCAAACCUAAAGGUUUUGCUUUUGUAGAUUUUGAAUCUGCUGAUGCUGCUGCUGAAGCGUUUGACUCAAUGAAUGGCCAGAGUAUUGAUGGAAGACAAGUUACUCUAGACUUUGCUGCUGACAAAGGCAGUGGGGGUGGUGGUGGUGGUUUUAGCCCUCGUGGUCGUGGUGGCCGAGGUGGAAACUUUGGCGGAGGUCGUGGUCGUGGAGGUGACCGAGGUGGCAGGGGAGGAAGAGGUGGUUUUCGAGGAGGAAGAGGUGGAGGAGGGGGAUUUAACAAAGCCAGGGGAGGUAUUGUGAAAAGUGAAGGCAAAAAGAUGACCUUUGAUGAUUCUGAUUAAUUGGGGGAAAUGUUGGGGAAAGGGGCGGGAUUGGGUUUGGAGAGGGAGGGUCCUAUGGGCUAAGGGUGGGUGUGGGAAGGGGGGAGGGGUUGUUGAAAGUAUGAAUUUUAUCAUAUUUUAAACUUUUUUUUAAUGGCAUACAACAUUUUGUGUUCAUUUGUAAAGUCUAUUCAUUGAACAGUUCUUUUUAGACUAUUGCCAUAACUAUCAUUAAAAAAAAACAUUUUAUUUCUCAAA